CGGAGCCCGCUGGACCUCCGGAGCCGGGCCGGGCAGGGAGAGCCGCGCGCCUGCUGCGGCACGUUGGGGGCAGGGAGGCGGCUGGUCCAGGGCAGAGCGGCUCCGGACUCCCGGGAACCCUGCAGGCGACUCCCCGGCCUCCCAGGGCACCGCCUGAGCUGGCCAGCACUUUCCUUUCUCUUCUCUCGGAGGAGGCGGCGGGAGCGCUUGGAGAUCCGGGUCUCGCGGCGGGUGCUGGAGGGAUAGGUAGAAUCAUUUCCAUUCCACCAUGGUCUGGAAGAACUUUGGCUCUAAGGUGUUCGAAGCGGAGAACUUCUCCAGCUGUCCCAAUGGCUCCCGUUGGAUCUGGGAUGUGUUCGGCGAGUGUGCCCAGGAUGGAUGGGACGUAGCCAGUGUGAUCUUGGGCCUGUCUUCAAUAUUCUGUUUUAUUGCUGCUACCUUCCCCCAGUACAUCAAGGCCUGCAGGACGGGCAACAUGGACCAGGCCAUUUCCAUUUGGUUCCUGCUGGGCUGGCUGAGCGGAGACUCCUGCAACCUCGUGGGCUCUUUCCUUGCCAAUCAGCUGCCUCUGCAGACCUACACCGCCAUCUACUAUGUGCUGGCCGACCUCCUCAUGAUAUCCCUCUACUUCUACUACAAGUAUAGAAACCGGCAGCGCUUCUUGAUAUCGGCCCCCAUCAACGCAGCUUUCCUGUUCGUCUCCUUGGGGGCGGUGUCCGCCAUCCCCCUGCUCCUGCAGCUCAGCCCCUCCUCCCCACAGGAGGUCUUCCGGAGUAGGACCCUCCUGACUAUGGAACCCACUGAUAAACCCUUCACCAAGCAGGAGAUCAUCGGCUUCACCAUCGGCUCCACCUCCAGCUUGCUGUACCUGCUGUCUCGCCUGCCCCAGAUCUACACCAACUUCCAGAGGAAGUCCACCCAGGGAAUCUCCUACUCCCUCUUUGCCAUGGUGAUUUUGGGUAACAUGAUGUACGGACUGAGCGUGCUCCUGAAGAAUCCGGAGCCCGGACAGACGGAGAGCAGCUUCCUGCUCCACCACCUCCCCUGGAUCAUCGGCAGCCUGGGCGUGCUCCUGCUGGACGUCAUCAUCUCCAUUCAGUUCCUCAUCUAUAGAGAGCAUUCCUCCUCUUCUGAGACAGAGCCCCUGCUGGGUCAGAAUCCCAGCUGACCCCGGGCCAGGGCCACACUCAGGACAGCCAAAGGACCAGACAGACACUGGGGCAAGGAAAGGAGCGUGGAGGGGAGAUGGCGGAGCUGCCCACCCCCGGCCGGAAUGGGGUCAGGUGCAAAGGAAGGAGCCGGAGUCCGCAGGGAGACCUGAAGGUCUCCUGCCUUUUGCUGCUCUCCUGCCUAAAUCAUCUGGCCUCGGAUCUCUGAAAGCUUCCCUGAGCCUCUCCCCUCCAUCUGUGAGCCAGGACCAGAACCAAGGAGCAGACCGCUGGCCUCCCAGUUUAGAUCUCGGGCUCCGGGGCAGAGCAGGAUGGGCUGUGGCCAGAUCACCGGGAUGUGUCCCCUCCGGCCUUCCCUCGGCUGGAUCGCAGUCCCCCUCCCCACCUCCAACCUCCCCAGGGGCUGGCCUCUGGUCCCUAUAACUCAGCUAGCCAUUCUCCUUCCCCUAUGUUUUACCCACCACCAAAUUUGCUAGUAAAAUCCAUCCAAAUGGACA